AUGGGCCAUCGGUCGCGCAGACGUUAUCGAGUAAUUCCUCCCUACACGCUUGGCGUGGUGACGGUCCUACUAAUGUCGUAUCUAUCGGACAGAUACCGAUCUCGAGCGAUGGCCUUGGUGGUCUCAGGAGGGCUGUCUGCGGUAGGCUAUUCAAUCAUCUAUGUCUCGGAGCCUGACACGGGAGACUCAGAGAAUCGGGGCAGUGGUUCUAGCCAAACGAAAUCAUCAAGCGCACUGGAGUGCUUUUCCGAUUACGAGCCUGGCGGCAGCCAGGAUACAUCUGAUGGCGGAUCUGGAUGGUGGGCUGAAAGACUUUUACGAGAUUUACUGGAAGGCAUCGUGGCUGAGACCGUAGUUAAAUCAGGCUCAACAACGACCUUACUAUUGUCCAACACAAACUUGUCUUCCAAUUCCGAUCACUCUGAAAUGAGUCGUCUAUCAAGCCAAAACAACAGUCGUCACUACACUAGCGAUAAAACUAGUGCAAGUGAUCGCAAGGCAGCUAAUCAUAUCACAAAUUCUCCUCUCUAG